UGUGCUUUGAAUGCGAUUCGCAAAAUAGUGAUCUGUGUUGCAAAAUUUGCAAAUAGGUUGUAAUUUAAUAAUAUUUGUAUUUGCUAAUUUUCUUGCGUCGGUUUAGUUAUUUUCCACUACGCGAUUGUGUUACACUUCGACAAUGGAUGUGAAAUCAUUUUUAUUUUCGUGGGCGGCAAAGAAAGGUCUGACUCCCUCAUUGGAUAUUCGGGGUACCGGUCCAAAACAUCGUCAGAGAUUCCUCUGUGAACUCCGUGUUGAUGGUUACAACUAUGUUGGAGCUGGCAACUCUGUUACCAAGAAGGAAGCUCAAAAGAAUGCUUCCCGCGACUUCAUCAACUACCUGGUGCGAUGUGGUGAGGUAUCUGGCGCCGAUGUGCCCGACGACGUUCAGGUCAAAGCGGAGACUGACGAGCCUCCUCCUGGAAACAUGAGGAUGGACCAAUCAUUUCAACAUCAGAAACCAGUUUUUCAGGAUGGUAUGGGACCUGAUAUGAUGGGUCCAGCCUACCAAGCGUAUGGUGGGGAGAGACAAAACUUCACAUACAUGGACCGUCUCCAACAACAGAAGAAUGUAGAAGAUGCUGAGGACCUUGAUGUGAACGCCAGUCUCCAUGGCAACUGGACUAUGGAAAACGCCAAGUCCAAGUUACACCAGUUCAUGCAGAUCAAUAAGAUCAAUGCGGACUAUGUUUAUAAGGCUGUCGGUCCUGAUCACACAAAGAGCUUUUGCUGCGAGAUGACGAUAUUCGUACGGCAACUAGGCCGCAAUGUCACCGGAAGGGAAACGGCGUCUAACAAGCAAACCGCCAGCAAAUCCUGCGCUCUGUCCUUAGUUCGACAGUUGUACCAUCUCGGUGUGAUUGAGCCCUUCAGUGGGACAUUGAAGAAGGACAAAUCAGCUGAAGGAAUCAUGAAGCCCUACCCAGUGGCUAUCAGCCCCGAGAUGGAAGAACAACUGCAAGAUGCACUGCAAGCAUUAGACAUUGACCCCAUAGACGUGAAUGCCCCUCCCCCGGAGGAGGGUGGUUCGGAGGGAGUGACGUUGUUGCAAGUGGACCGGGUCAGGGCUAUGAGGGAAGCGCGUCCGAUGCCCUCUGGCGUGGUGUCCUGGAGUCCUCCGCAGAGCAACUGGAAUGCUUGGACUGGAUGUAAUAUUGACGAAGGGCCGUUGGCUUCAACGAGUUUGGACGACAUCAGCUCUGACUUAGAGAAACAACAUCGCGACAUUUGUCAAAAUAGUACGCUGUACCAGGAAAGUGUCCGCGAAAGGGAGCAGUUACCAGUGUACGCCAUGCGUUCCCAAAUCAUGGAGGCCAUCAACGAGAACUCCGUCAUUAUCAUCAGGGGGAACACCGGAUGCGGUAAAACUACUCAGGUGUGCCAAUUCAUAUUGGACGAUUACAUAGCGAGCGGUCAAGGCGCCUGGGCCAACAUAUGCGUGACGCAGCCGCGCCGGAUAUCCGCCGUCAGUGUUGCCGAGAGAGUGGCUGCGGAGCGCUGUGAGGAACUCGGGAACAGCACCGGGUACUGUGUACGCUUUGAGUCGGUGCUACCUCGACCGUACGGGUCGAUAAUGUUCUGUACAGUGGGGGUGCUGCUGAGGAAGCUUGAGGGAGGUCUGAGAGGAGUCAGCCAUGUUUUGGUCGAUGAGGUCCACGAACGCGACGCAGACACAGACUUUGGUCUGAUCCUGCUGAGGGACAUGGCGCACACGUACCCCGACCUUCGCAUCAUCCUCAUGUCUGCCACCGUCGACACCACACUGUUCACCGAGUACUUCGGGAACUGCCCCGUCAUUGAGGUGCCGGGUCGCACGUACCCCGUGAAGCAGUACUACUUGGAGGACUGCAUCGAGCUGACGAAGUUCAUGCCGCCGCCUGACACCAGGAAGCGGAAGUCUUCCGGGAAGAAAGCCAACAAUAAGGACGACGAGGAUGAUGAUGACGAAGGUGCGGGAGUGGACGAAGACGAAGAUCUGAACAAGAACUGCCAGUUGACCGGCAACUAUUCGCCGCAGACCGUCGAGGCACUGUCCAAACUGUCAGAGAAAGAUCUGAGUUUCGAACUCAUAGAAGCACUGCUUCUGUACAUUACCAACCUGGGUGCCGAUGGGGCGGUGCUGGUCUUCCUUCCCGGUUGGAACCUGAUCUUCGCUCUGAUGAAGCACCUGACCCAGAGCCGGGUGUUCGGCGACACGUCGAAGUUUGUGAUCCUGCCGCUGCACAGUCAGAUACCACGAGAUGACCAGAAGAAGGUCUUCAUAACCCCCCCACCUGGUAUGACUAAGGUGAUACUGUCAACAAACAUAGCGGAAACGUCAAUAACAAUCAACGACGUCGUGUACGUCAUCGACUCGUGCAAGGCCAAGAUGAAGUUGUUCACGUCACACAACAACAUGACGUCAUACGCCACUGUCUGGGCCAGCCGCACCAACCUCGAGCAGCGCAAAGGGCGCGCGGGCCGAGUGCGGCCCGGCGUGUGCUUCACGCUGUGCACCAGCGCGCGCUACCAGCGCCUCGAGGAGCACCUCACCGCUGAGAUGUUCCGCACGCCGCUGCACGAGCUGGCGCUCAGUAUAAAGCUCCUCCGUCUCGGCGCCAUCGGCCACUUCCUGUCGAAGGCGCCCGAACCGCCGCCGCUGGACGCGGUCAUAGAAGCAGAAGCGUUGCUUCGCGAGCUCGGCUGCUUGGACGCGCAAGACGCGCUGACUCCGCUGGGGACCAUCCUUGCUAAACUACCUAUAGAGCCCCGCCUGGGCAAGAUGAUGGUGCUGGGCUUCGUGCUGGGCGUGGGCGACGCGCUGACCACCAUGGCGGCGCACUCCACCACCUUCCCGGAGAUCUUCACCGUGGAGGGGCGGCGCCGGCUCAGCGCCCACCAGCGCGCGCUGGCCGGCGAGCGCGCCUCCGACCACGUCGCCAUGCUCAACGCCUUCCAGAUGUGGGAGCGCGAGCGCGCCAAGGGCGAGGACGCGGAGACGCAGUGGUGCGAGUGGAAGGGCGUGCAGCAGACCACCCUCAGGGUCACCUGCGAGGCCAAAUACCAGCUCAUCAACAUAUUGACAACGGCCAUCGGUUUCCCUGAAGAGUGUUGUGUGGCCCAAAGAUGGAACCCCAACGUGGAGGACCCCAUACUGGAUAUGGUCAUAGCGCUGCUGUGUAUGGGGCUGUACCCCAACGUCUGCGUGCAUCAGGGGAAGAGGAAGGUCCUGACAACGGAGGGCAAGCCCGCCCUGAUCCACAAGACGUCGGUGAACUGCAGCAACCUGGAGCAGAAGUUCGCGUCGCCGCUGUUCGUGUUCGGUGAGAAGGUGCGCACCAGAGCCAUCAGCUGCAAGCAGACCACCAUGGUGGCGCCGCUGCACGUGCUGCUGUUCGGCAGCCGCAAGGUGGAGUGGGUCGACAACAUGGUCCGCAUAGACAACUGGCUGAACUUCGACAUGUCCCCGAAGGCGGCGGCCUUGGUGACGGCGCUGCGGCCGGCCGUCGAGAACCUGGUGCGGAGAGCCGCCGAGCAGCCGGACGCGGCCUUGACUUUCACGCCUGAAGAGCAGAAGGUGGUGGAUUGUGUGAAGGCUUUAUGCGUAAUGGACGCCGGCGACUACGGCAUCAAACGCGACACCACUUCGCUUUCCUACCGACCCGAAGGUAUGAAACGGGGCGGCGGCGGUCCACCACGCGGCUGGGGUACAAACGGACCCCGCGGUGGGGGCAGUGUUUUUGGCAGGGGUGGUUUUGGCAGCAACAACCAAGGUGGUUUCGGCAACCAAGGGAACUUCGGUACUAACCAAGGUGGCUUCGGCAAUAAUCAAGGAGGUUUCGGUAACAACCAGGGGAACUUCGGUAACAACCAAGGGAACUUCGGUAACAACCAAGGGAACUUCGGUAACAACCAAGGGAACUUCGGCAACAACCAAGGUGGUUUCGGCAGUAAUAACGGUGGAUUCGGGGGCGGUAACCGAGGAGGUUACGGCAGAGGUGGUUUUGGCAACAGGGGUGGUUUUGGCAACAGGGGUGGUUUCGGUAACCGAGGUGGUUACGGUAACAGGGGUGGUUACGGCAACGGGGGUGGUUACGGUAACCGAGGACGCGGUUCGUGGAAUUAAGUUAUUUAUACAUUCCUGUGCUUUAGUUUAUAUAUAAUUAGAUUGUAUUAUUCUUGACUAAGUAUUGAUUAAAAUGUUCGUUUCUGUGUAAUAA